AUGAAAUAACAAUAUCCAGUUCCAAAUGUAACAAAAAAGGUCAUCAUAAUCAACCAAAAAUCAAAUGUGAUACAUGAAAAUGAUAAUAGAUGCAAUACUCAGAACUAAUAACAAACCAAUUCAGAUUAAUAGAAAUAAAUUAAGAAGAUUGAGAUUCCAAUAGAACUAGAUGCUAAUAAUUAUAAUGAACAAUCAUGUUAGCAAAUAACUCGCAUGUAUUAAAAGAAUAGCAUUCAAUUAUAAGAUUUCUAAGCUCAAAUCGAUGAAUUGAAGGAGAGGAUCCAAUUUAUUGAAUAAAAAUUUUCGAAUUUAGAAACUAAUAGUAGAAAAAAAAAAAAGAGGAGAACUGCUGCAGAAAUAGAAAAAAAUUUUGAAUGUCCAUAUAAAAAUUGUUUGAAACAGUAUGGAUCUGAUGUUUCGUUAAAUUUGCACAUUAAGUUUAAACACAAUGGUGGAAACAAGAGUGAACGCCAAAAAAUAAUUGUAAACACUAUUUUAUAAUAAAAGAAAUAAUUAUAAGCUGGGGAGAUUGAUGAAAAAGAUAUUAGAGACAUCAACCUACCACCUAUAUGA